AUCGUAUCCGUCUGUGUAAAAUGAUUCAGUGAAUCCACGCAGUAAUCCGCAUUCGAUUUGCUCGCAAUGGCCACCUUUCUCAGUAAUGAGCCUUGCUCAGCUAUAAAGAACAUACUUCUAUCGGAUUCCGAGUGUGAACGCGAUGCGGUUAAGUACUAUUCAGAUGAGUGGCCAACCAACAAUGCAAAGCUCGCUUUUGAGAAGUCCGUUUGUUUUCACGGAAAAUGCAAAAGACUAAUGCUGGAACAGAAGGAACAAUGUUGAUAUAAGGGAGGCACUCGAAAAUAUGGUUAUAUAUUAUUAUUCUCUCGUGCCUUGACGAUAUUUUUGAUGGAGGUGAUGUUGGUGUGAUCUAUUUCCCUGUUUAUGGCUAGUGGCAGAUCAUGUUAUUCUUGGGAAAAACUAUGGGCAAGAAGGCAAAUUUUCAUGUGGGCAUGUGGAUUUACCAUGGAGAACAUAGGUUGAUAUGAACAACCCUUUCACUUGCCUCGUUUCGCGGCAAGUGCUGUAGCUUUCUUCGCAUGCUUUUUUUCCGACACCGAAAAUUAGCAUCGAGCUUCAUAUAAUAGCAACCAGAAAGAAAAGAAAAAAAAGGCAAAAAAAAAAUGGCUGGUGGAAGAAUAAGAGCAAAGCUCCGUCGGAGCAAUCUCUACACAUUCGCUUGCCACAGGCCACACCCAACCGAGGAAGACAAAACAGACGAAAUCGAAGGACCAGGUUAUUCAAGAAUCGUCCACUGUAAUAAGCCUCAUAUUCACGAGAUAAAGCCCCUCAAAUACUGCACAAAUUACAUUUCGACCACCAAGUACAACUUCCUCACAUUCUUGCCAAAGGCGAUUUUCGAACAAUUCCGACGUGUAGCCAACUUGUACUUUCUCCUAGCUGCAGCCUUAUCUCUAACUCCCGUUUCUCCGUUCGGUCCGAUGAGUAUGAUAGCACCGUUGGCUUUUGUGGUGGGGCUGAGUAUGGCUAAAGAAGCUCUUGAAGAUUGGCGGAGGUUUAUACAAGAUAUGAAGGUUAAUUUACGGAAAGCUAGUGUGCAUAAAGAAGGGGGUGUGUUUGGUCUUAAACCGUGGAUGAAGCUUCGAGUUGGAGAUAUUGUGAAAGUGGAGAAAGAUCAGUUCUUCCCUGCAGAUUUGCUUCUUUUGUCUUCGAGUUACGAAGAUGGGAUUUGCUAUGUGGAAACUAUGAAUUUAGAUGGGGAGACGAAUUUGAAAGUGAAACGGGCUUUGGAGGUAACUUUGUCUCUCGAUGAUGACCCAACUUUCGAGGGAUUUGAUGCAACCAUAAGAUGCGAGGAUCCGAAUCCAAAUCUCUACACUUUUGUUGGCAAACUCGACUAUAAUAGUAGGGUCCACCCACUCGAUCCGAAUCAGAUUCUUCUGCGAGACUCGAAGCUUAGAAACACAGCCUACGUUUACGGAGUCGUUAUAUUCACCGGUCAUGACAGUAAAGUGAUGCAGAACGCUACAAAAUCCCCUUCGAAACGGAGCAGAAUCGAGAAACAAAUGGAUAAAAUCAUAUACAUUCUAUUCAGUUUCUUGGUUUUCAUAUCAUUCAUUAGUGGAGUGGGUUUUAUUGUGAAGACGAAAAACGAUUUACCCCAUUGGUGGUAUUUACAGGUUCCUGAUAGAGAAGGUCUCUUCGAUCCAAACAAGCCUUUGCAGUCAGCUUUUUAUCAUCUAGUGACUGCUCUGAUGUUGUACGGAUAUUUGAUACCGAUAUCUCUGUAUGUAUCUAUCGAGGUUGUGAAAGUGCUUCAAGCUAUAUUCAUUAACCAAGAUCUUAACAUGUACGAUGAGGAAAGUGGGACCCCUGCUCAGGCUCGGACAUCAAAUUUAAACGAGGAGUUAGGACAGGUGGACACAAUUCUUUCGGACAAAACAGGGACUUUGACUUGCAAUCAAAUGGACUUCCUUAAAUGCUCGAUUGCCGGCACUGCGUACGGUACUCGUGCUAGUGAUGUGGAGCUUGCUGCUGCUAAACAGAUGGUAAUGGAUAUGGAUGGACAAGGGCAAAAUGGGAAUGGGAAUUUUUCAGAGAAAAACGGGCAUGAAUUUGCGGGACCCGAAAUUCAGCUCGAGACUGUGAUUACAUCGAAAGACGAAGACGCGAUUAAUAAUAAGAAUCCGAUAAAGGGGUUCAGCUUCGAAGACAGCAGGCUUAUGAAUGGGAACUGGUUUAAAGAACCGAACGAGAAUAACAUUUUGUUGUUCUUCAGAAUACUGUCUCUUUGCCACACUGCCAUUCCGGAGCAAAAUCAAGAAACGGGAGUUUUUACCUAUGAAGCUGAAUCGCCUGACGAAGGUGCUUUCUUAGUUGCUGCGAGAGAAUUCGGUUUCGAGUUCUGUAAGAGAACACAGUCGAGUGUGUUUGUGCGUGAGAAAUAUCCUUCCUCUCAAGAACCUACUGAAAGGGAGUUCAAAGUUCUCGCGUUGUUGGAUUUCACUAGCAAAAGGAAGAGAAUGUCGGUAAUCAUUAGAGAUGAAAAGGAUCAGAUUCUUCUCCUGUGCAAAGGAGCCGAUAGCAUCAUUUUCGAUAGAUUAUCGAAAAACGGGAGAAUGUACGAGGAAGCAACAAGAAAGCAUUUGAAUGAAUACGGAGAAGCUGGAUUGAGAACUCUUGCACUUGCAUACAAGAAACUCAGUGAGGAGGAAUAUUCCACUUGGAAUGACGAAUUCACAAAGGCCAAAACCUCGUUUGGUGCUGACAGAGAAGCAAAUCUCGAGCGGGUUUCCGAUUUGAUGGAAAAGGACUUGAUACUCGUCGGUGCAACUGCUGUCGAGGACAAAUUACAGAAAGGCGUGCCUCAAUGCAUCGAUAAACUGGCUCAAGCUGGUUUAAAGAUAUGGGUUCUGACAGGUGAUAAGAUGGAAACUGCAAUUAAUAUAGGAUUUGCUUGUAGUUUGCUUCGACAAGGGAUGAGGCAAAUAUGUAUAUCGUCGAAUUUGGAUGCAAUAGUUCAAGAUUGCAGACAGGCUGCAAAAGAGGACAUAUUACAGCAAAUUACGAACGGAACCGAAAUGAUUAAGGUAGAAAAGGAUCCACAUGCAGCAUUUGCAUUGAUAAUCGACGGGAAAACUCUGACUUAUGCGUUGGAAGAUGAUAUGAAGCACCAUUUCUUGAAUUUAGCAAUCGAGUGUGCUUCUGUUAUUUGCUGUCGUGUUUCGCCCAAGCAGAAAGCUCUCGUGACAAGAUUGGUUAAAGAAGGAACUGGAAAAAUCACAUUAGCAAUUGGUGACGGUGCAAACGACGUUGGUAUGAUUCAAGAAGCUGACAUCGGUGUUGGCAUCAGCGGCUGUGAAGGAAUGCAGGCCGUGAUGGCGAGCGACUUUGCAAUAGCGGAGUUCCAAUUUCUCGAGAGGCUUCUUGUCGUACACGGGCAUUGGUGCUACAAAAGAAUUGCUCAGAUGAUUUGCUAUUUCUUCUACAAGAACAUUGCAUUUGGCCUUACAAUCUUCUACUUCGAAGCUUUUGCCGGUUUCUCGGGACAGUCUGUUUACGACGACUGGUACAUGCUACUGUUCAAUGUCGUACUAACUUCAUUGCCCGUUAUUUCUCUUGGAGUUUUCGAACAAGACGUCGAUUCUGAAGUGUGCUUGCAGUUUCCAGCAUUAUACCAACAAGGCCCGAAGAACCUAUUCUUCGACUGGCAAAGAAUAUUCGGAUGGAUGGCGAACGGGCUCUACACCUCCCUGGUCAUCUUCUUCCUCAACAUAGUAAUCUUCUACGACCAAGCCUUCCGCCUCGAGGGCCAAACCGCCGACAUGGUCGCUGUGGGGACAGCCAUGAUGACCUGCGUCAUCUGGGCGGUAAAUGUCCAAAUCGCCCUUACCAUGAGCCACUUCACCUGGAUCCAGCACUUCCUAAUAUCCGGCAGCAUAACCAUGUGGUAUCUUUUCCUCCUCGUCUACGGAGAAAUGGCAUAUUCCCUGCGCGUGAACGCGUUCCGCGUACUCAUCGAGAUUCUCGCCCCGGCCCCUAUUUACUGGUCCACCACCCUCCUUGUGACGGUGCUCUGUAAUCUGCCGUACCUCGCGCACAUUUCCUUCCAGAGGUCUUUUAAGCCGUUGGAUCAUCAUAUUAUUCAGGAGAUUAAAUACUCGAGAAAAGAUAUCGAAGACGGGCAUAUGUGGAGUAGGGAAAGGUCGAAGGCGAGACAAAAGACGAAAAUCGGGUUUACCGCGAGGGUCGAUGCGAAGAUAAGACAGUUGAAAGGGAGGCUGCAGAAGAAGUAUUCGACUAUGAGCACGUGUCAUCAUCCGAUUGGGCAGCAACAAACGUGAGGUUUAUCUACAUUUUGUAAUAAUGGGUUCUUUUUAUAUUGAUUACUAUUAUUGUUUAUUAUUAUUUUUUUGUUCUUUGGAGGCCAUUUUUGAUUCAUUUCUUUGUUUUUUUUUUUGCCCGGUAUAAUUGAGGUAUUAUUUGUUUGAGGCAAAAAGUACAUACUGAGGCUAAUUUGUAUGUACAGUUUUAUAGGGUUCGAUUUUUAUGCUACAGUCGGUGAACGUUACUUAGUUAUAUACUACCGUAUACGUUAUACGUAUAUAGAUUUUAUUCCC